AUGGCAGAAAAGGAAGGAGCAAUCAUCAAAAAGGACCAUCAAGAGGGGAUGAAAAUGGCAGUGUCUCUGCUUGAAGAAUUCAAACUUCCUCUGGGACUUCUCCCUCUUGCUGAUGUGAUAGAAGUUGGUUUUGUGAGGAGCACUGGCUACAUGUGGAUCCUACAAAAGAAGAAAGUUGAACACAAUUUCCAUAUCAUCAGCAAGCUUGUGAGUUACGAUGCUGCAAUUAGUGGUUAUGUUGAGAAGAAUCGGAUCAAGAAGCUCAAGGGAGUCAAGGCUAAGGAGCUCAUGCUAUGGCCUCCAGUUAGCGAGAUAACUGUUGAUAACCCACCGACCGGAAAAAUUCGCUUCAAGAGUCUAGCUGGCAUCACCAGAACUUAUCCGGCCGAGGCCUUUGCUACUGGAAACUAA